AUGUUCAUCCGUUCGCGCGCUGUUCAGGCAUGCGUUGUUGCUGCAUCUGUCCUGUCCCCAGCUGUAGACGCGUUUCCCACAGCCGAGAACUUUGCCAAGCUCAUCCGCUACAACCCGGGGCUUGAUGAUGCCUCAGCCCACUUUGCGAAGGUACAAGAGGAACUGGUUAAGCUGAGAGAGAAACGGCUCCUCUUUGAUCCGUUGACAGAUCCAAUUGAUAUCACCGGAGACCAUGCCUUCGUGGCUCCAGACUUUGACAGCGGUGAUCAGCGGGGACCUUGCCCUGGGCUGAACGCUCUGGCUAACCAUGGCUACAUACCUCAUGAUGGUGUUGUUGGAUUUGUGGAUCUUAUCGACGCCUUGAACACCGUCUUUGGCAUGGGCAUCGAAUUGGCCACCGUCCUGGCCAUCAUGGGCACCGUUGGUGUCGGCAAUCCAAUCUCGCUCGACCCAGGCUUCUCCAUCGGUGGUGCGCCCCCAGACGACAGUCUCUUCUCGUCCAACAUCCUCGGCAACUUGCUCGGCCUGAUGGGCAAGCCUCGCGGCCUCGUCGGUAGCCACAACUGGAUCGAGGGUGACUCGUCCAACACUCGCGACGACCUGUACGUCACUGGUGAUGCGUCCACCAUGAACAUGACGCUCUUCAUGAUGGCUUACAACGGCGCCGAGGGCGACGUCAUCACGAUGGAGGACAUUGGCAACCGUGCAGCGGAGCGAUUCCAGGAGAGCAUCGAGAUCAACCCGUACUUUUACUACGGACCGUACACUGGCCUUAUUGCACGAAAUGCCGGGUACGCCUUUUCUGGCCGGAUCUUGAGUAACCACUCGACCGAGUUUCCGGGCGGACAACUGACCAAGGAUGUCUUCAAGUCCUUCUUCGCCGUGACCGAAGACGACAACGGAGAGCUAGUCUACAACAAGGGCUGGGAGCGAAUCCCAGAGAACUGGUACCGUACACCGGUCGACUACGGCUUGGUGGCACUGAACCUCGACCUCGUGUCCUGGGUGCUGCAGCACCCGGAGCUCGGCAGCGUGGGCGGAAACAUGGGCAAGGUCAACUCGUUCGCCGGUAUCGACCUGCACGAUGUCACGGGCGGCGUGCUCAACGCCACCAGUCUGCUCGAGGGCAACAACCUGUUCUGCUUCGCGCUCGAGAUCGUCAAGACGUUUGCGCCCAACGCGCUCGCGCCCAUCUUCAAGACGCUCGAGGCGCCGCUCAAGCUCCUCAACGACGCCGUUGUCGGACCUCUGCUUGAUAUUGGGUGCCCGGCUUUCCAGGACCUGACUAUGGGCGGGGACGAUCUGUUUUCUGGCCUGUCUGGGAAGUUCCCAGGUGCGAACAAGAGUGGCUCUGCGUUGUAG